ACAUUAAAGGGGAGGGGGAAAAAAAAAAGGGGCUGUGGACAGCUCAGCUGCUCCCUUUUCUACUCCUCUCGACCGGAGCGCCAUGUCCAACCUCACCCAGAGGAGCUCCGGCCUCGUCCAGAGAAAAACCGAGGCGUCGAGGAACGCGGAGAAAAUCCAGGACGACGACGAAGAGCGGCGGGAAGAGCAGGAGGAGGAGGAGAAAGGCGACUGUAAGGAGACUCGCCUGACUCUGAUGGAGGAAGUCUUGCUGCUGGGCCUGAAGGACCGCGAGGGUUACACCUCAUUUUGGAAUGACUGUAUUUCAUCUGGACUGCGUGGUUGCAUGCUGAUUGAAUUGGCAAUAAGAGGACGCUUGCAACUGGAGUCUUGUGGAAUGAGACGCAAAAGUCUACUAAUUAGGAAGGUGAUUUGUAAGUCGGAUGCUCCUACUGGGGACGUUUUGCUUGAUGAAGCCUUGAAACACAUUAAGGAAACGCAGCCUCCGGAAACGGUGCAGAGCUGGAUUGAACUUCUCAGUGGUGAAACAUGGAACCCAUUGAAAUUACACUAUCAAUUACGAAACGUCCGGGAACGAUUGGCCAAGAACCUGGUGGAGAAAGGUGUACUGACUACAGAGAAACAGAACUUCCUGCUGUUCGACAUGACGACACACCCUCUCACCAACAAUGUUAUUAAACAGCGUCUCAUCAAAAAAGUCCAGGAGGCAGUGCUGGACAAGUGGGUGAAUGAUCCUCACCGGAUGGACAGACGCUUGCUUGCCCUCAUUUACCUGGCCCAUGCAUCGGAUGUACUGGAGAAUGCUUUUGCCCCACUCUUGGAUGAACAUUAUGACUUAGCCAUGAAAAGAGUACGACAGCUGCUGGACUUGGAUCCUGAAGUUGAAUCUAUGAAGCCUAAUACAAAUGAAUUACUUUGGUCUGUAGUGGCAGCCUUUACUAAGUAAAAACUGUAAUGAAUUGUAUGAAAUUUCUCUUUUCAUAUUCACUCUAUUUCCACUUGUGCAAGUACACUUUAUUCCUUGUCGGUUCUGUCUCAUAAUCUCCUUAAACUGUCCUUUUUUUUUUCCAUGAACAAUGCCCUUUCCUUUCAAAUUUGCUGAAGGCUUUGCUUUCCAUUAAGGUAGGAAAAAACGAUUCACAAAUGGCCUAUCUAUGAAACGCUGCAUUUAGUACAGCCAAAGAGAUAUGGUACAUAUUUUUUGUGGGCUGCCCAGGAUUCUACCCCCAUGUGCACGUAUGCAUUUAUUGAUGAUGUCAAAAAAUUAAAUGCAGUUUAAUCCUGAUAAAUUCAUAUCUCGUCCAUAGAUAUUUUACACUCAGCAUUUUUAUUUAAUGAGAAUGAGUGAGAAAGGCGAACUUUAUGUGAGGAACAAAUAUGCAUUUAUCUGGACUGUAAACUGCACUGUCGUGUAAAACAGUCUUCAUAUACAAUUGCUUAGGAAAGAGAGGGGAAAAAAGUUUCAAGUGCUACACAGAAAUUGUUAUCAUUGUAAAACAAAACCUGCCUUUCUACUGCACUAUUUCUGUCGCAGUUUAUAUAAUGUCAGUUUUCUUACAAAAGUGAGUUAUGCAUCCAGUGAUUCUUCUUUUAAAGUCAGCUAAUCAGUUAGGGAUUAGAGGAAUUCUGUACACACUACGUUUUAGAAGUUUAAGUAAAACUGUGCAUUAUUAUCGUAUGCUUGUGAAAGUGUGUAUGAGUGUGUGUAGCAUGAAUAGCAAAAUGCCAGAAGUGAUAUUUUCAAUCUCGUGAAAAUAUUGAUCUUUUGUGACCUUGCUGUUCACAGUGAGCAUUAGGAAAAUUAAUUGGAAAAACUAAUUUAAACGUUUUUAAAAAUUCCAAAACCUUUCGCACAUUUAAUAACCUCAAAAUAUUUGGUUAGGACUAGCAGUGGCCUCUGGUUAGUGUCUGAAAGGAACAUGGAAAAUAUUUACACAAGUUGAUUUAGUUGUUUGUUCAAUCACACCUUAUCCUUCAGGACCUGACCAUGAGUAUGUGCAUUUUUUUUCCCCUUUCCCCCGCCCACCCUUUCAUCCUCUCACCUUUUUAGUCCUGCCUUUGUGGACAAAUGAGAGUUAACCGUCUCUUAAGAAAGUCCUGGAGAGUUCUGUUAGUUUUAUGUAAGUUGUAAGUGUUUUGGUUACAAAUAAACUUUUUGUAAGGCAUCUCCAUUUUAAAUGGCAUCAACGUAUUUGACAGAGGAGGCCUUCUAGCAGUUCACAAUUUUAAAUGGAAGCAAUUUUGGGAUGGCCAACAUUCCAGUAUAUUAUGUAUAUAGUUUGACUUGUAUAUUUACCAAUCCCCAUCCUAGUUUUUUGCAAGACAUGAUGAAUUAAUUCUACACCUGACCCAUUCUAUUCGUAGCCACUGAUGUAUGGUGGAAGGGGCUUCUGUAAAGCAUGUGCAAAUUUCUUGUAUGUGAUGUUGAUGUAUGUGGGCGAGUAUCUUGUGGGUACUUUGCAUAGCCUUUUACUAUGUUAUUCAGUGUACAGUAUGAGGUGGUCCUUUGUCAUUUGUAAAGAAUAUAUUUCAUGUCUCAGAGCAUUUGAAUGAUAGCAAGUUGAAUGCAACUUUUCUUUUCUCUGUUCACCGAAAAAAGGAUGUAGAAUCACGAUUUAUGUUUUUCAGAUAUCGUUACUGAUUUCCAAUUGAUACCAUCUCUGGAAAUGACAUUUUUUUUUAAAAAAGUCAUGGCAUGUGGACUCUUUGUAGCUAUGACAGCCAUUGUAAUUAUUGAGGGAAUUGCUUGUGGGAUAGAAAUAUUUCAAUUAUGGCACAGAUUUUUUUUUAAAUUUUUAAUGUAUAACUGUGUUGAUUUAGCACAUCUUAUGAAAUUAUUGGCUUUUUUUAACCUGUGACCUCUUCUCACUGCUUGCUUCACUGCUGCUGAUUUCACCAUAUGUGUAUAUAUAACAAGGGGCUGUUUAGACGUACAGUGAUUCAAGACAUAGUGCUAUACUAAUGAUGGGGCUUACAGGUGUUUGUGAAUUACUUUUGUUAAAAUAUUCAAAACAAAAAUACUAGAUGGUGCAGAAUUGUAGACUUGAAAUUAAACGGAUCCCUGAUCUGUAUACUAGCUUUUUAUCUUCUGGUUAAUAAACUAUGAUCUUGAAAGUG